AUGGUGUGGAUCCUUCAGCUCAUCAACCUGGAGGUGUAUCACGACACAGAGACACCAGCUCUGAGGAAGAACAAGCCAGCCGCCCCUUCCAGGGUUCAGGUGGAGUUCUAUGUGAAUGAAAACACCUUCAAGGAGAGGCUCAAGCUGUUCUUCAUCAAAAACCAAAGGUCAAGCCUGAGGAUCCGUCUGUUUAACUUCUCCUUGAAGCUGUUGACGUGUGCCCUAUACGUCCUCAGAGUGUCUCUGGACGACCCCGAACAGGUCACUGGUGUAUGUGUGAACUGUCAGAACCGAACAAGCACCACAGCAGAAUCUACAGAAAGCACAGAAAUCAACUGGGAUUUGAUUUUCUGGGUGAACAGAAGGGUUCCUGUAUGGGCGAUACAGGUGAUCGUGGCCUUAAUCAGUUUCCUGGAAGCGAUGCUCCUUACAUAUCUCAGCUACAAAGGGAAUAUCUGGGAGCAGAUGUUCCAGAUCUCCUUCAUCCUGGAGAUGAUCAAUACCGUGCCGUUUAUAAUCACUGUGACUCUAGAGACCUGGGAGUAUGGUAAUAUCUUCUGGCCUCCAUUGAGAAACAUCUUCAUCCCAGUGUUUCUCAACUGCUGGUUAGCCAAGUGUGCCCUGGAGAAUAUGAUUAAUGAUCUCCAUCGUGCCAUUCAGAGGACCCACUCGGCCAUGUUCAACCAGGUUCUCAUCCUCAUCUGCACCCUACUCUGUCUGGUCUUCACUGGGGCGUGUGGUAUCCAGCAUCUUGAGAGAGCAUCCAAUCAGAACCUGACUCUGUUCAACUCUCUGUAUUUCUGCAUCGUCACCUUCUCUACCGUGGGCUACGGUGACGUCACACCUCAUAUCUGGCCCUCUCAGCUGCUGGUGGUUAUUCUCAUCUGUGUGGCUCUCGUGGUCCUCCCGCUACAGUUUGAGGAGUUGGCCUAUCUGUGGAUGGAGCGUCAGAAGUCAGGAGGGAACUACAGCAGACACCGUGCCCAGACAGAAAAACACGCCGUCCUGUGUGUCAGCUCUCUGAAGAUAGACUUGCUCAUGGACUUCCUCAAUGAGUUCUACGCUCAUCCUAGAUUACAGGACUACUAUGUGGUGAUCCUGUGCCCUACGGAGAUGGACAUCCAGGUUCGUCGUGUCCUCCAGAUCCCCCUGUGGUCCCAGAGGGUCAUCUAUCUCCAGGGCUCAGCGCUCAAAGACACAGACCUCAUGAGGGCCAAUUCUCCUAUGUCCGGUCUCUAUCACGUAGUCUGUGAGGAGGAAUUCAAGUACGCCAUGCUGGCCCUGAACUGUGUGUGUCCAGCCACAUCCACCCUGGUCACACUCCUGGUGCACACUUCCAGAGGACAGGAAGGCCAGCUGUCUCCAGAACAGUGGCAGAGGACGUACGGACGGUGCUCGGGGAACGAGGUCUACCAUAUCCGCCUCUGUGACAGCAAGUUCUUUGGGGAGUAUGAUGGGAAGAGUUUCACCUAUGCCUCCUUCCACGCACACAAGAAGUAUGGUGUGUGUCUGAUCGGGGUGAAGAGGGAGGACAACAAGAGCAUCCUGCUGAACCCUGGUCCUCGCCACAUCAUGGCCGCCCCAGACACCUGCUACUACAUCAACAUCACCAAGGAGGAGAACAGCGCCUUCAUCUUUAAACAGGAGGAGAAGGACAACAAGGGCCUGCCGGUGGCCGGGCUGUACGACGCCCCCUCCAGGCUGCCUGUACACAGCAUCAUCGCCAGUAUGGGGACGGUAGCCAUCGACCUCCAGAACCCGACGGACCCCCCAGAGGACAGCAGCAAGCUAACCCUGCCCACAGAGAACGGGUCUGGAAGCAGACGGCCRAGCAUCGCCCCCGUCUUGGAGAUCGCUGACUCCUCCUCCAUCCUGCCCUGCGACCUGCUCAGUGACCAAUCAGAGGACGAGACCAACCAAUCAGACGAGGAGAGCUCGUCGGUGUCCGAUUUUGUGAAAGGAUAUCCUCCCAACUCGCCCUACAUUGGCAGCUCUCCAACCCUGUGCCAUCUCUUACCCCAGAAAGCCUCGUUCUGCUGCCUUCGUCUGGACAAGGGUUGCAGGCACAACAGUUUUGAGGAUGCCAAGGCCUAUGGUUUUAAGAACAAGCUGAUUAUAGUAUCUGCAGAGAUGGCAGGGAACGGCCUCUAUAACUUCAUCGUCCCUCUGCGGGCCUACUACCGCCCCAGGAAAGAGCUCAACCCUAUCGUCCUGCUAUUAGACUACCCGCCUGACAAUCACUUCCUAGAAGCCAUCUGCUGUUUCCCAAUGGUCUACUUCAUGGCUGGAACUAUAGAUAACCUGGACAAUCUUCUGCAGUGUGGCAUCAUCUAUGCUGAUAACCUGGUGGUGGUGGACAAGGAGAGCACCAUGAGUGCUGAGGAAGACUAUAUGGCAGACGCCAAAACCAUAGUCAACGUACAGACCAUGUUCAGGCUGUUCCCCAGUCUUAGUAUCAUCACUGAGCUGACCCACCCCUCCAACAUGAGAUUUAUGCAGUUCAGAGCUAAGGACUGCUACUCUCUGGCUCUCUCCAAACUAGAGAAGAUAGAGCGUGAUAAGGGUUCCAACCUGGCCUUCAUGUUCCGUUUGCCGUUCGCUGCAGGCAGAGUGUUCAGUAUCAGUAUGCUGGAUACGRUGCUCUACCAGUCAUUUGUGAAGGACUAUAUGAUUCCCAUAGCAAGACUUCUACUAGGCCUGGACACCACGCCAGGGUCGGGUUACCUGUGUGCAAUGAAGGUGACAGAGGAGGACCUGUGGAUCAGGACGUAUGGCAGGUUGUUCCAGAAGCUGUGUUCCUCCAGUGCUGAGAUUCCUAUAGGCAUCUACCGUACAGAGUCUCACAUGUUCUCCUCCUCUGAGGUAAGACAGAAUGGACACAGACCCUGUUCAAAUACUUUAAAGAUGCAUCCUUCCUUCCGUUCUGCCUUUCUUCAUUCCUUCCUACCGUCCUUCAUUCCUUCCUAA